CUAUCUCUAAAAUUUCCUACUUUUUCUCUCUCUUCCCUGUCACUGUGCGACUGACUGUCCAUUGUCCAACCAGGUACACCGCACCAAACACCAUGAAAGCAUGAAAGCAACCAACAAACAACAACGGUUACAUUUCCCACCUUUUCCUCUUUUCCCAAAUCACAAACCCCAAAAAUAAAAAACAAAAGCAAAAACAAAAACAGAGAAAGAGAAAAGAUGAUGAAAAACAGGGACCCACGUACGCAAAUCAAUGUCGACUGUGAAAACGAUGUUGCUGUUGCUUCCUCUGUUUCCGGUCCGUUAGUCGCGACAUCCUCAUAAUCCCCUCCGCACAAUUCGCAAUAACCGAGGAGGGAGGAAGACCGGCUCGUUGGGACAACCACCCAAAUAUGGCCGCCUCUGUUUUCUCGAUUUUCUUUGGCUUGAAGAAAAUGCGAACCCAUUUUUGAGACUGCCCUAACGCUGUAGGGGUGCCCUCCCCCUUAUCGACCCUUCUCCCGAUCUCCGCCGUUCGAUCCCUCGGCGAUCUCCCCCCACAUUAUCCGAUCGAUAGAUGCUGGCGGGAUUUGGCGGUGGCGGUGAAUGGGUUGCAUCAGCUCCAAGAGGGCGGCUGCCACGGCUUCUCCUUGUUACGAGUACUCGGCCGCAGUUUCGCACAAUGGCUCCGUCCUCCUCCAGCCCUCUUCAUCUUCCUUGAAAAAGGACAACUCCGCCUCCGCCUCCGCCACCACCACCACCAACAACGUCAGCCGAUCCAAAUCCAAACCAAAGUCCAAAUCGAACUCUUCGGAAUUUAAGAAGAGUGGUAGCAAGAAGGACCCGCAGAAUCAUCGACCGGGCGACGUCUCGGAGGAUCGGAGCGUCGUCGGAGGGAGAGAGUCGAAGAAGAGCAGGAAAGAGAAGGAGGGGUCUUAUCACAGCCAUAAUAGUCACAAUGGCGGGAAAGGUAGCACCUUUAGCUUCAGGUUGGGUUUUUCCAGUCGUUCUUCUUUGGAGGCUGAGCAAGUCUCCGCCGGCUGGCCCUCUUGGCUCAGCGCCGCCGCCGGCGAGGCCAUUUAUGGAUGGAUCCCCCUCAAAGCUGAUGCUUACGAGAAGUUGGAAAAGAUUGGACAAGGUACAUACAGCAGUGUGUUCCGAGCUAAGGAAGUCGAAACUGGGAGGAUUGUUGCACUCAAGAAAGUGCGAUUUGACAAUUUUCAACCAGAGAGUAUUAGGUUUAUGGCUCGAGAGAUUAUGAUUCUUCGCAGGCUUGAUCAUCCGAACAUCAUGAAAUUGGAGGGCAUAAUAACAUCUCGAUCAUCAAAUAGCAUAUAUCUCGUAUUCGAGUACAUGGAGCACGAUCUUGCAGGACUUGUAGCUAGUCCCGAGAUCAAAUUCAGCGACAUGCAGAUUAAAUGUUACAUGAGGCAGCUAUUAUCCGCAGUCGAGCACUGUCACUUAAGAGGUAUUAUGCAUCGAGAUAUCAAGGCCUCGAAUAUUUUGGUAAACGACGAUGGGAUUCUAAAGUUGGGAGAUUUUGGAUUGGCUAAUGUCGUUAACUCAAAGAGCAAGCAACCACUGACAAGUCGUGUGGUGACCUUGUGGUACCGUCCUCCUGAACUUUUGAUGGGGGCAACUGAGUAUGGAGUUUCGGUGGAUCUCUGGAGCGUGGGCUGUGUAUUUGCAGAACUGUUUCUAGGAAAGCCUAUCCUUAAAGGAAGAACUGAGGUCGAACAACUGCACAAAAUUUUCAAGCUUUGUGGUUCGCCGCCUGAAGAAUACUGGAAAACGUCAAAGCUUCCUCACGCAACAAUGUUUAAACCGCAGCACACUUACGAAAAUUCUCUUAGGGAGAGGUGUAAAGAAUUUCCAACUACUGCAGUAGACAUGUUAGAGAAUCUUCUUUCGGUAGAACCUUACAAGCGCGGGACUGUCUCCUCUGCCCUAAUGUCUGAGUACUUCAAAACAAAGCCUUAUGCAUGCGAUCCGUCACAUUUGCCAAAGUAUCCUCCUACCAAAGAAAUGGAUGCUAAAAUUCGGGAGGAAUCACAAAGAAAAAAACCUGGUGUUCGAGCACGAGAGACAAGGAAACCAAGGAGAGUCCGUAAGGCCUUGCUCGAGUCAAAUAGUUCCACUAAAUUGGCACCAAAAGAGGAUGGGCAAGACGAGCAUACUCAAUCUGCUCGUAGAAUGAAUGGUGGUAACCCACUUAUCCUGAGGGCGAAAGGAGGGCUUCUGCGCCGCGAGUCUAAUCUAAAACCGCAAUUUGAUACAGUUUCGGAGAAUUGCGAGUUGAAUGCAUCACUGGGAGAUAGUACAUUGUCUUCCGUACAAACCUCAGCAGCAAGCGGCUUUGCAUGGGCUAAAAGGGGAACCGAGGAUGGUACUAAAUCCGCAGUUUCAGACGGCUCGAAAAGUCAGUUCAGUGCACUUGAUGCAAAUUUCGCAAGGAGUACAUAUGACCUAAAACAAGGACAUAGAACUGGCAGGAUGGCUAUACGAAAGCUUAGAACUUUCGACGCGUCUGAACUUAUUAGUACAGAAGAGCCAGAUGAUACAGGAAACAACACGGAUUACAUUGCGGAAGAGAAGCGUGACAUUGAGUUUUCCGGACCCCUACUAUCCCAACCGUGUAGAAUCGAUGAACACUUGCGAAGGAACGAAAGCCAUAUACGCCAUGUGGCUCGACGAUCAAGGUUUGAAAAAGAGAUAGAACCCGAACCUUUACAACUUGCUCUUUGAGAUGGUCAUCUGCAAACGUAAUACAAAUAGUUGUAUAUACACGACAAAGGCGACGGUGAUUUACGUGUCAUGAGUUGAACUUAAUUUCUUCAAGAGAAAUGGUGCAAUAGCAGGCAGUGCUUGUUGAAUCAAGCAAUCAAAAUCCUCAGGUAUUGGAGCUCGGAAGGCAUUUUUAUCUUGCCACAAAAUUUCAUGAGUCAAAUACGCUCUCUGAAUCAUGAACCAAAGAAAGAAAAAAAUCACAAAUGUACAACACCAUAGGCAUUUUAGUAAACAUCUUGUCUCUCUGGGCCUCUGAUCUCGAUGCUUACCAUUUUGCCCUUUUCAUUUUUCAAGUGCUCAAAUCUCUUUUUCUUGAAUGAUUUGAUGGGCAUCUUGAAAUUGUUAUUUAUUUAAAAGUAAAUAUAUAUCAUGAUUAAAGUCUAAAGACAA